AUGGAUAAUAAUAGGGAAGUGAAAAAAAAAAGUUUUUUGAAAAACUGGAAUAUUAAUUAUUUGUCGAAUAAUUUCAACAAGUUUAUUAAAAGUAACAGCAAUAAUAAAAACGAAAAUAAUAGCGCCAUUAAAACUGGCAUUAGUAGUGGUACUGUCGAUAAUACUAGCAAGAAUGACUAUAAUUUAAUGAAUAAUAACAUACACAUAACUAACAUUAGAGAAAUGAGUAAUAUAAACAUAAAUAAUAUAAAAAAUAUUCGCCCUGAUUAUUAUGGGAAAGGAUAUUCUACUGCUGAAAAUGGGAAUAACAAUACAUGCAUUAAAAAUCAUAAAUAUAAUAACUACAACAGCAAUAGUAAUGAUACUUCUAUAAAUUUUAUUCAUACUAAUGAUAGGGGGAAAACACAUAUGAAUUUUUCUGACACAUACAAUAAAAUUAAUUUUCAAAAUUUUCAUCAAAAUAAUAUAUCAUCUAAUGUGGAAACUAAUGUAGAAGAUAAUAAAAACUCAUUUAGCAAAAGUAGCUUUAACGAUAUGAAUUCCAUAAAGGAGAAUAGCAACAGCUAUAAUAAACGUGUAUAUAAAAAUUUGCAUAAUUGUAAUAAUAAUAAUAAUUCCGAUACAAUGAAUACACAAUAUAAUAUAAACUAUAAUAAAUGCACAAUUGAUGGUAAAAAUAAUAUUAAAAUUGAAAGCACAAAAUAUCAUAAUAAUUCAAAUACUGAAAGUACUAAUAACAAUGUUCAAUCUAGAAAUAAAUAUGAUAUAAACAAUGAAUAUUGUAUGAAUAAAAAUCGACUUAUUAAUAAUAGCGAAUGCAAAAAUAAUACAAUAAAUUUAAACGAUCAAGGAAACAAAAAUAAUGAUACUUCUAAUAACAAUGACCAAAUAUCAUUUAAAAAUAAUCGAUCCUAUUCUGUUUCUUCUAUGGUAUCUUCCAAUUCUUCAAUUCCUUCAUCUGCUUAUUCUGGUCAACCAUUUAAUUAUUCUCAAAUCGAUAGAAUUAAUCAGAAGAAGCAUAAAAUAUCGAGAAUUAUUGGCUCAAAUGAUAAUAACGUUAAUAAAAGGAAUAGCAGCGUAUCCCAUAAUAUAAAUAAUAAUAGCAACGAUCUUACUUAUAAUGGCCAUGAAAAUUCACAUUUUGAUUGGAAUAAAAACGAAAAAAAUAAUACUCUCUCAGAAGAACAAGCUAGUAAAAAUGCACAAACAGAAAACUAUAAUAUUUAUCGAUCAGAAUUAAACAAAAAUAUAUCAACUUAUACAUCUAAUGACCGGAAUGCCACAACUGGUUUUACUCAGAAUUGUAUAAAUACUAAUUCGAGUACAAAUACAAGCUCUGAAACACGACAAAAUUAUUAUGAAUCCACCCUAAAUAAUAACCGUAAUAGUGGCUAUGGAGGUCAUGAUGACUAUAGAAGGAAUUGCAAGGAUGCUCGAUACAGCAUAAACUACAGUUCUGUAAAUACUAAUACAGAAAAUAAAAGGACUUCCAUUUUUAGCAAUAAUAAUAAUAAUAGUAAUAACAAUAAUAAAGGUGAUAGUGAAAAUUUUACCGAUUCCCGAAGAGGCUUAAACCAAUAUUCCCAAGAAAUCGACACAAAAUAUUCCCGAUUUAGUAAUAAUAAUGCAUAUAGUGAGAAUAAUAAUAAUUACAUGAGAAUGAGCACCGAUAGACAGGGAAAUAGUGGCCGAGAGGAAGGGGGGGAUGACAGAUAUGAUAGACGUGAUAGAUACGAGAAACGUGGAGAGAGGAGCAAUGGAAAUAAUGGACAAGGAAAUGAAGGAGGGGAUAGCGAUGGUGGAAGUGGUGAUAAUAAUGGACAAGGGAAUAGAGAAGGAGAUAGCGAUGGAGACAGUGAUGAGGAUACCAACCGAAAGAACAAUAAAAAUCGUCGCAAGGAAAGUAGCAUGGAUGAUGAAGUGGAAAAAAAAAAUAAUAAUUCACUAAAUUUAGAUAUGUUGAACCCCGAAGAAAGAAAAAGAGAAGCCGAAAAAUAUAAAGUAUUAGGGAACCAAAGUUAUAAAUUAGGUUAUUUUGAAUCCGCAAUAGACUAUUAUACAAAAGCUAUACAAUAUGAUAAUACAAAUCAUGUUUAUUUUACUAAUCGAGCAUUAUGUUAUAAAAAACAAAAAUUAUGGAAAUUAGCAAAUAUAGAUGCAAGGCAAGCAUUAAAUUUAGAAGAAGAAUCCGUAAAGGCUCAUUUUAUACUUGGAUUGACUUUAUUACAUCUAAAUAGUUUAGAAGAAGGAUUAAAAAAAUUAACAAAAGCAAAAACAUUAUCUAGCUACUUAAAAGAUUCUAACGAAAGUGAAAUCAAUAGAUAUAUUUUACAGGCAAAAAAAUUAAUAUAUCUGCGUGAUGAACAAACUAAACAAUUAAAAUAUGCAGAAUUACAAUCAUUUUUUAUUGAAAAAAUUAAUUUAUUAAACCAAAUGGGGUACAUAACUAAUGAAGAAAAAUUUUUAAGAACAGAACAAACAGAAGAUUUAUUUAAAGAAAUAUUAGGAACCUUCCAAAAAAAACAGAUCCCAGAUUAUUUAUGUUGUAAAAUAUCUAUGUGCUUAAUGAAUGAACCUGUUAUUACUCCGAGUGGUAUGACAUAUGAUAAAAUUUUUUUGUACGAACAUGUAAAACACAAUGGCUCAUUUGAUCCAGUAAGUAGAGAGCAGUUUUCUAUUCGAGAGGUUAUACCUAAUUAUGCCAUUAAAGAGGCAACUGAUAAUUUUUUGAAGACAAACCCUUGGGCCUUUGAAGAAUAA